AUGACCGCGCCGGCGGUGUCGUCGACGUACGCGACGAUGGCCGCGGCGUCAAUGUCUACCAACGCUGCCGCCGCUACUAACGCUACCGCUGCCGCUGCCGCCGCCGCCGCUGCCGUCGUCACUAUUACUCGUGCUGCCGCCACAGCCGCUGUCACAGUCGCUGAGUUCUGUUCUAUUGCUGCCGCUGCCGCCGCCGUAUCUACUACUACUACAUCCGACGACUACACAACGACCGCCGACAUUACGACAACCGAUACUAUUCUUACUACUCUUAAUACUACUAUUAAUACUACUAAUACAAACAUCGCAACUAUUACCUCAGACGUUUACGAUACCUUAACCAUUAUUGCGUUUACCGGUGCUCUAACCACUAUUAUUACCACUACAGCGGUGGCGGCGACAACGACUCGGUGGUCAGCCGCGUUACGCCACCAUCUACACUGA